AUGCAGGACUUUCACGGGGAUAUCCCGGGGUUUGAGGCCAUGUCCCAGUUUGCAAACGAUAGUCUCUUGCUCGAGGCUGUGGUCAGAAAACAGCUCACUAAGUAUUUGUCGCAAGUGAUGGAGCCACUGUCCGCUGAGACUACCCAUGCGCUUGCUGUGAAUAUAGGAGACUCCCAGGAUUGGCAUGAGAUCACACUCAAGCCCACAAUCCUGGAUGUCAUUGCUCGCAUAUCAUCUCGUGUGUUUUUGGGCACCCAACUCUGUCGCAGCGAAGAUUGGCUACAGAUUACCAAAGCUUACACGAUCAAUCUGUUUGUGGCAGCAGGGAUGCUGCGCAUGUAUCCCCGGCCUCUCCGCAGAUUCAUACACUGGUUCGUCCCAGAAUGCGAGAAGCUCCGCGGGCAGUUUGGUGAGGCACGGCGGGUGAUUGACCCCGUCAUUGCCGCAAGGCGAGAAAUGCGCCAGGCAGCCAUCCGCAAAGGGGAGAAGGUGCCAUAUUUCAAUGAUGCGCUCGAUUGGGCAGACGAGGAAGCUUCUGCGAAGAAUAUCAGCUAUGAACCGGCGGGAUUUCAGUUGAUGCUCUCGGUUGCCGCCACGCACACCACGACGGACCUGCUCGUUCAAGUUAUGAUAGACCUCGCCCAGCACCCUGAGUUCAUGGACAUGGCUCGAGAGGAGAUCGUCAGAGAGCUCAGAAACAACGGAUGGAAGAAGACGUCGCUUUACAACAUGAAGCUUCUCGAUAGUAUCGCCAAGGAAUCGCAGCGACUGAAGCCAAUCAGCCUAGCUGCUAUGCGCCGUCGGGCAACUGCAGAUAUCAAGUUGUCUACCGGGCUGGUCUUGAAGAAAGGGACCCGUACCAUCGUGGACAUCUUCAGGAUGCGGGAUCCCGAAGUGUACGAAGACCCUGAAAAAUGGGACGGAAGUCGGUUCGUCAAGAUGCGGGAGCAGCCUGGGAAAGAGAACCAGUCCAUGCUGGUGUCGACUCACCGAGACCACCUGGCCUUCGGCCACGGCGUUUACGCGUGCCCAGGCAGGGCGUUUGCGGCGAACGAAAUCAAGGUUGCGCUCUGUCAUCUUCUCAUGAAGUACGACUGGAAGCUUGCGCCGGGCACGGAUAUCAAGCCUAUGGUUAUUGGAGCGGCUAAUGGUUCCAGUCCAAUCGCGAAGAUCCUGAUUAGGAAAAGAAAAACGGUCGAGCUGGACAUCGACACUCUCUGA